GAGCCUUCGUUCCCUCCAGGAAGCGAGCCCGGUUCUGGUGACCAUGGGGAUGACCACAGCGGCGCUGGCGAGUGCACUGCUCACGACGACCACUGGCACUGCCCUGAGGGUGUCGAGGAGCCGCCCUACCCUCCUGGCGGAGAACCUGGUUCUGGAGAGCACGGCGGCUCGGACGAGUCGGCUACCGAGUGUACUGCGCACGACGACCACUGGCACUGUCCCGAGGGUGUCGAGGAACCCGCCUACCCCCCGGGCAGCCAGCCUGGUGCCGAAGGCGCAGAAGGCGCCGAGACCGAGUGCACCGCCCAUGACGAUCACUGGCACUGUCCCGAGGGCGUCGAAGAACCCUCAUACCCCCCUGGCGGUGAGCCUGGCGCAGAGGGCGCUGGCGCUGGCGGCGCUGGCGGCGCCUCGGGUGAGUGUGUCGCGCACGAUGACCACUGGCACUGCCCUGAAGGGGUUCCAGAGCCUGAUUCGCCGCCGGCGCCAGAGGUGGUUGAAGUGUCGGGCGCCGCUUCGUUCGGUGUGACCAAGGCGUACAUGGUGGCCUUUGCGACGAUCCCCCUUCUCUUCGGUUUCAUGGGUUGA